AUGUCCAAAGGCAACAAAUACAUAUUGGUGGCGGUGGAUUAUGUAUCCAAGUGGGCGGAGGCACAAGCUUUGCCAACUAAUGACGGUCGAGUGGUGGUGCGGUUUUUAAAGAAGUUAUUUUCAAGAUUUGGGGUCCCGAAAGCUCUCAUAAUUGACCGAGGCACUCAUUUUACCAAUGAUCAACUAGAGAAGGUGUUAAGGAAAUAUGGGAGAAUCUUGGAGAAAUCGGUGCGGAGCAAUCGAAAAGAAUGGUCGGAUAAGCUAGACGAUGCACUUUGGGCCUUCCGUACAGCUUUCAAAACCCCUAUUGGUACUACACCAUAUAGGUUAGUUUAUGGAAAACAAUGUCAUUUACCGGUGGAGAUAGAGCGUAAAGCUUUUUGGGCUUUAAAGAUGUGCAACUUCAACAUGGAGGAGCUCAAGAAGAACUGGUUAAUGCAAAUGAAUGCUCUUGAGGAACUUAGAUAUGAUGCAUACACUAGUUCUUUGAUCUAUAAAGAGAAAACUAAGAAUUGGCUAAAACUCUUCUCGGGCAAACUCAAGUCAAGAUGGGAUGGUCCUUUCAUGGUGAAGAAGGUGUUUCCACAUGGUGCUAUAGAGCUAUCGUCAAAAGAUGGUACCCCUUUCAAGGUCAAUGGACAUAGAGUCAAAAAGUAUGAAGAAGGAGUCCCAAGGAAUGAAGGCAUGGAAGAGUUGAUGUUGCUGGAAGGGAUUGCAGCCACGUAG